CCAGACUCAAGUCGAACCUAUUGCGCCUCCCCACUACAACACCUGACACCCCGAGGUAAGAGGUAGGAGGCAAUAAGUUCCUUUCCCUCUCUCCCCUUCCCCCAAAAUCCCACUCAUCCCAACCUCAAAACUUUGGUGUCUUUUUCCCUCUCCAAAGAUUCUUUAAUUGUCUGAAAAGAGGUAGCUGUGGAAACUCGGAAACUGUUGUUCACUCACACACGCAUACACGCCUCGUCUACAACUGAUUCACCUACACCAAACAAUUUACCUCAGACCACAUCGAUUGAUUGAAAGGCCUCAUACCACCGAGAGGUUCUAAUCGCAUUUACAUAGUAGUAACGCCCUCUGCGCCCAACUUCACUACACAUGGACGACAAUUUCGCUCCCCCGUCGGGUCCUCCGCCUCCCAAGGCCCCCGAGGUCCCUCCAGGCUGGAUCGCUCGCUGGAACGACCAGUACAAAGAAUGGUUCUACGUAAACCUCCACACCAAGCAAUCCCAAUGGGAUAAGCCAACGGAGCCUGCCCUCCCUCCCCCUCCCCCACCAGCAGAAGAUGGGCACCCGGGCGGCCCCCCUCCGGGUUACGCCCCGCGCCCCGGCGACCACCCGACGCCGCCGGUCGAUCAAAAGCACAAUCCCUACGACCAAAAGGGCAACCCCUUCGAGAACCAGUCCUCGACCCCUCAGCCGCCCGGCGCCGGCGGCUCCAACGCAAUGUCCGAAGACGAGCGCCUAGCCCGCCAGCUCCAGGCCGAGGAAGAAGCCCGCGCCCGCAGCGGCGGCGGCGGCGGUGGCGGGCCCCCGGGCUACAACCUCCAGCAGCAGCAACAUCAGCAGUCGCAGUCGCCGUUCCCCGACCAGCUCCCGCCCCGCGCGCAGGACACGAGAGGAAAGAGCAGCUCCGGCGGCUUCUUGGGCAAGCUGCUCGGCAAGGCCAAGACGGGCGGCAUGGGCGGCAUGGGCGGCAUGGGCGGCUCGAGCCACGCGCAGCCGCAGUACGGAGGGUACCCUCAGCAGCAAGGAUACGGCGGCUACCCGCCUCAGCAGCAAGGUUACGGUGGUUACCCCCAGCAGCAGCAGUACGGCGGUUAUCCGCCUCAGCAGGGCUAUGGCGGAUAUCCUCAACAGCAGGGCUACGGCCAGGGCAUGGGCGGUAUGGGUGGAAUGAGCGGCGGCGGUCGGAAACCCGGCGGCGGCGGCAUGGGCAUGGCGGGCGGUAUGGCGCUCGGUGCCGGUGCCGGUCUGCUUGGUGGUGCGUUGAUUGCGGAUCACAUCAAUGAUGAGCAGCAGGAGGCGUACGCUGAUGGAUACAACGACGGAAAUGACGGAGAUGAUUUCGGCGGCGGUGACGACUUUGGAGGUGACUUCUAAGUGGGCUGGCACUAGAUUACGGCCAGCUGAUAUUGACGUACUAAAUGGAUCAUGAGAGAAGGGUUGGCGGGUAAGGGAAUUGACAAGGGCGGGUUUCAGGGGGCAUGAAUCUGCGUCUAAUAUGCGUUCUUCUCAUGGGAAAACAGAGCCCCGUUAUAUUUGAACAUCUUGUCUCGUUGCUUUUCCUGCGAAUACCUUGAUGUAGCAGCCCACAUGACGACAAGUCUAUGAGGUCCAAUCUUAAUCCUACUAUCAGCAGUAGAAAAAAUCCCAAAGGAAAGGGAGGAAGGAGGGCGGGUAACUAAUCUUAUAACGAAUCGAAUAGUGUAACCCUUAGUCAACCCGCACUCUGACUUCAUUGGAGUAUUGCUUUUUAUUCUGAUCAACUCGACCAUCUCGCACACAGUUCUGAC